GUCACUCACCCCGCCGUAUUGCUCUAACAAUAUCAUAGAAAUGCCCUCCUCAGACACAUGUUCGGACUCCGAAGGCGGUACUCAUACUCCCACAUUCUUUGAAGGGCAUACCGACACGGUCCGUGCGGUCGCUUACUCUCCUGAUGGCACGCGGAUUGCCUCGGGCUCUUACGAUGACUCAAUACGGAUCUGGGACUCGCACACCGGCAUGCAGAUCGGAAAGCCUCUGGAAGGUCAACACUAUAGUGCAGUCCGCACAGUCGCAUUCUCUCCCGAUGGACGAAGGAUAGCAAGCAGCUCCCUCGACAACUCAGUUUGUAUUUGGGAUACCUCAAUCCAAGAGACGGUCUUGGGUCCACUCAGAGGUCACACCGAAUCUGUAUUGUGGGUGGAGUACUCUCACAGCGGACAAUAUAUUGCCAGUGCGGGUGACAGGUUCGUACGGCUAUGGGACGCAUACUCCGGAGAGUGUAUACACGCUUUGGAACAUCCUGCCAACGUUAGCAAGGCGCGAUUCUCUCCCAGCAGCCAUUGCAUUGCAUCGGCCUGUGACGACAAAUUGAUACGAGUCUGGAACGUGGCUUCACAAGCGCUUGCCUUCCCCCCUCUUGCAGCACACAAGUCGGAGGUAUGGGCAGUGUCAUAUUCCCUAGACGGACGUUUGCUGGCUAGCGGCGGCCAGGACUGCACAAUCUGUUUGUGGGACGCUGAGACGGGAAAAUUACGCAACAGGCCGCUGAAGGGACACAAGCUUGGGGUCUCUGAUCUCGCAUUCACGUCCAACGGACAGAUGAUUAUUAGUGUUUCACGCGACAGAACCGUACGCGCCUGGGAUCCAGUGACAGGCGACUGCUUGUGGGGACCGAUAUUCAGCGCCGAGUACGUCGACAGAAUAUCGACAUCUCCUACGGAGCUAGGGUUCGUUGUUAAUAGAGGUUCCAGCAUGUGUAUACGAGAAACCGUGGCGGGAAAGCUUAUUCUCCCUAAGGGCCCAGAAACGACGCUCAGUAAAAGUCUACUUAUCACAACUGAAUGGAUCACGUCUUUAGCAUGGCUCCCCGAUGGCUCACACUUUGCAAGCGAAGGGAAUCAAUAUACUAUCAGAUUUUGGAAUGCGACGAUGGGAGAAGAAUCAGAGGAUGUCUUCGCUCACCACACGGCUAUCGUCACCUCUAUCGAAAUCUCUCCCGACGGCUCGAAAGUAGUCAGCAGCUCUGAGGAUCGGACCAUUUGUUUAUGGAACACGGAGACCAAGAAACUUGCAAUGGAUCCACUCAAGGGCCACACUGACGGUGUCAGGGUUGUCAAGUUCACACCCGAUGGCUCCCAUAUUGUCAGCGCCGGCAACGACUGUACUAUACGUGUAUGGGACGCUCGUACCGGCAGCUCCCUCCGGGUCAUUGGAGGGCACGAUUUCCCCAUCCGUGCUCUCAGUGUAUCUCCUGACGGAUUGCAGGUGGCAACAGGGUCAGAAGACAAUUUGGUGCGUGUUUGGGAGAUUCACACAGGCUUUCUGAUAGCGGGACCGUACGGUCACGAUAACCAUGUGCUGUCGGUUUGCUGGUCGCCAGACGGAACAUGCAUACUUAGUGGUGCUGGAGACUCCUCUGCACGAGUAUGGCGCGUUCCUGAAGGAGUGCAACUGCUCAAGGUCGAGUGCGAUGGACCAAUUAGCUGCGUACAGUAUGCACCCGAUGGUCAAACGUUCUUGACUGCGUCAUGCGACAAAAUACUCCGCAUCUGGGAUACCAAAACUGGUCAGCUCCUCCGGGGUUUCGAGCACGAGAGCUGGGUAACUGUCGCCGCGUUCUCCCCGAAUGGAACUCGCAUUGCAAGCGGGACACGAGACGGAUGCCUCAGAGUUUGGGAAACAGCGAGCGGAAAGCUACUCUUGGGCCAAGUACGUUUCGGGACCAGAUCAUAUGGUUUCGUAUGCUGA